GAGCCAGAGUUUAGAUCGGUUUCAUAGACUGGUUUCAGAUCUCCACGAGCCUUUAUCGAGAUGAAGAACGCUGAUUAUUUGGCAUUCCCUGUUAUUGCCGGGACAUCCAGUCAGUACACUGCUACUAGAAAGAUGUGGGACAGUCAUCAUUACCAGGAGCACAUGAACAGACUGAAAAAUGCGCCCUCUGUUGUCAAACAACGGAUGGACAACAGCGCUCCCAGAGCUUUCCUUCACUGUCACGUGAAGAUAAAUAAAGUUCAGAAGGAGCAGGAGCGCUUCAUGGAAAUAGAGCGAGACAACAUGAUGCUGGUCUCCAGAAUUGCACACACUAAGACCAAGCCUGGUCUGGAUUGCUGGAAUAAUUACCAGACCAAACCUAGUGUGAAUGCAGAUUUUAGAAAGAGAGAACUGGUAAGAAUUGCACUGGAGAACCAGGCCAUCCUCAAGAAGAUCAACAUGACCACUUCAGUGUAUGACAACAAGAAGUGGCUGUCCGAUUUUAAGGUCACCAGAGAACAUGUGUCUCUCCUAUCUAAGUAUCCCGCAAAAGCCAGUGGACUCAAGCUGCCACCACUGAAGCCUCUUCACUGACUGUCCUCACCAUCACGUGAAUGAACAGUAUACAGCCUAUUAAACACCAUCCAAGUUGAUCAGUUUAUUAAAGGUCUUGCAAGCAAA